AUGGGAGACAGCAUACCUGGAGGAAUAGUUGCUGCUGCAAGUGAGAAAUAUUCAUAUGAAAUCUCUGUAAUUUCCAGUAUAGGUUAUGAAAUAGGAAAGACCUCUUGAUUUAUUUUUCCUGUGUUCAUUUAUGUCUGCCAGAGAACCGUCUGCAAGUGAUGAAGGGCUUGGAGGAUGUUGAGGUGUCUGAAUGUGAGUGCUGCCCCUUUGAGGUGACCCUCAACCUGGCUUACAUUGAGGGGGUGUGGACCAGAGACGGGAUGCAGCUGAAGUCCAAGCCAAACUGCCGCAUCAGCACUCAUGGGAAGAAACACUCACUGAUCCUAAAAAGGGUUGCUCUGGGAGAUGCAGGCCUGUUCUCUUUUCAGGCUGAUGGCAUUCAGACAUCAGGCAGACUCACCAUCAGAGGUAAAAGGGGACAAUAAAUUGUGAUACCUUCAGGACCACAUAAAUUAAAGCUUUAUUUUUUCAGCCAAGACAGAACACAUGUUUAGUAACCCAGUCAAAGGCAAAAUCUCUCCAGAACAUUCAGACCACAAGAUGUUGGUUUAUCAGCUGAGUGUUUUGUCUACCUGUGCUCCAGACUAGACUUAAUCUCCGGUCACCAGAAGAUGAAUCUAAGAGAUCAUUUCUCCUUGCACAGAGCAUAAUGUCACAACAACUUUUAAACAGACUGUUACACUCUCUGAGGAUUUGAAUAGAUUUUAGAGACUUAGAUUCAGAAUUAUCACCAGGUUCAAACUUCAAUUUUUCCUGUGCAUUGGUUUAUAAAUGCUUUACUUUUACUUUGUGAUUUUUAUGACCAAAAAAUGUAAGAAUGCUAAUAUGCUUAGCUAAAUUAAACGAGGAGUUAAAUUGGAACAGUUUAGCACUAAACAAAGCCUUAUACUUGGACUUGUGUUACCCUUGAGUUUUGGAUAAGAUUUUAAAUCAUAUUCUAAUCACAUUUACUAUUAAAAUCAACUCUUACAAAGAGUGAAGACUUAUUAAGUUCUCUCGUAGGUUGCUUUUACUCAUUUUACAGGCCUUGUUUGGUUGCUUUUCACCAGCUAGGGACAUCCAUGUAGUGAAGGAGCUGGAGGAUGUUGACACAAUGGAGCGUCAGCCUGUCAACUUCCUGUGUGAGGUUAAUCAGGUGGAUGUGGACGGUCGUUGGUACAGGGAUGACUCCCGAAUCCGACCUGGUGACAACAUCAAAAUUAGACACCAGGGUAAGAGUCCAGAUGGUUUUAAAAUCUUCACAUUCAGACUAGAAAUUAAAGAAAAUAUUUGCAUGGCAUCACACUCUGUUUUGCUAGAAAGCUGUGUUUAAAUGCGGUUGGUGAAAAAUGGAAAAAGAGGAACUCUACAACCUGGUCAAAUACAAACAAUAAAGUAGGACCUUUUUUCUUGAUCUGAUUGAAGGUAAAUCUCACACCCUGAUGUUUAAAUCAGUGAGGCCAGAGCAUGCAGGACAGAUCAGAUUCACAGCAGAGCGCGUCUCGUCAUAUGCAUCUCUCACAGUUCAUGGUGAGUCCCAGUGAAGUUUUUGUCUGAUUUAACAAUGAUGUAGGCAAGGAAACAGGUAUCCUCCCACUAAGCCUCUUACGGUUUACAACCCUUAAAUUCCAUUUUUCUUCUCACAGAGCUCCCGGUCCAAAUACUACGUCCUCUGAGGGUCAAGAUCGCCAUGUAUCGUCACCGGGGUCUGCUGGAGUGUCAGGUAUCAAGGGCAAAUGCUCAGGUCAGGUGGUACAAGAACCAGAGGGAGCUCGCGCCCGGUAAGAAGUACCAGCUGAUCAGCCAGGAUGUCUACAGACAGCUUACCAUCGAUGAUGUCCGCUCUUCAGAUGAGGACACCUACACCUGUGAUGCAGGAGAUGACAAAACCUCCUGUCAGCUUCUGGUGGAGGGUGAGAUGCCUGUUGUCACAAUCAUCAUCUCAGUUUUUAUGUUGAAUUGAAAUCACACUGAAUAUUUAUUAGAUCUUUAAAUUCUUGAAAACUUUACUUACUAAGCAUGUUUCUCUUGCACAAAUGUAAUUCUAAGAUACAACCUAAAUUAUCAUGAGAGUCUUUUUUUAUCAUGUUAACAAGUCUGGUGCUGUGUCAGUACUAUUAGUUCAAUUGCUGUAUAUGCAGAGCAGGCUAUCAAAAUAGUGCGGGGGAUGAGCUCAGUGGAGGUGAUGGAGCCAGAACCAGCGCUUUUCCAAGUUGAGACCAGCCUGAAGUCAGGGAGACCCCCCCGAUGGACCCUCAAUGGAGAGGUGCUGGAGCCCAGUGCAGCGGUGAACAUUGACAGGCAAGGUACCCUGCACAGCCUCCUGCUCACCUCCACAGACAGCUCCAUGUCUGGUCCUGUGCUCUUUGUGGCUGGCAAGAGUCGCUGCACUGCUCAGCUGACUGUCAAGGGUGGGUGUUCAAAACUUUGUCUGGAUAUUUAGAAAAUCCUGUGGCUGAGGCAACUCUAAAGGCAUAGAAUUGGAUUUUUCAAAAACUUAAACUUACCUCUCAUUAAUCCUGAGUGUUUCAUUUGGCUUCUCCACAUUUGUCGUGUCCAGAGCGUCCUCUUCAGGUUUCUCAACACUUGGAAGAUGUGCUGGUGAAGGAGAGCAGCUCUGUGACUCUGAGUUGUAGGUUUGCCCCCUCUCCCAGGGUGGUGAGGUGGUUUAAAGGUCGCACAUCUCUGAAGACCUCCAACAAAUACAGCAUGAGGAGAGAAGGGAAACGAGUAGAGCUGACUAUCCAUGGCUUAAUAGGGAUGGAUGCAGGACAAUACCGCUGCGUAGCCGGGGGUUCACAAAGCUCAGCGCAUGUUAAUGUGGAAGGUAGGUUCGCCGUGGUAAAGUAUUUUUUUUUAUUUACUUUAUUGGUUCAGUUGAUUCAGAUUAAUCAGUUUUCUUCUUGCAACAGUCAAAACCCUGAAGUUGGUUAAACACCUUGAGCCGGUGGAAAUUGAGGAGGAUGGUGUCGCCACAUUCUCAUGUGAGCUCAAUUACGUGGUUGCCAACGUUGAGUGGCUUGUCAACAACAUUCGCCUUUACUCCAACGCCAUUAACCGGAUCCAGCACAUGGCCACUAUGCACAGCCUGACGAUCAAGAAGUUGCGACCACAGCAGAGCAAAGUCACAUUCAAAGCAGGCCUGCUCUCUGAGACAACCACCCUGAAGGUUAAAGGUCAGCCUGGAGAAUAAUUAGAUUGCAUGAGUAGGGAUUUUCUUACACUGCUGUUUUUAUUUGUUUAUUUCUGGGAGACAUGUGUGGCAUGAUUUGUAAUCUUGGCUGCAGAGCGUCCAGCGGUAUUCCUUAAGUCUCUGGAGGAUGUAUCAGGGGAGGAGCAAGGAGAAGUCUGCCUUCAGUGUGAAGUUUCCAAAGAGACAGUGACCCCUGUUUGGAGGAAGGAUGGUAUAGCCCUGGCUGCUGAUGAUAAACACGAAUUACUUCAAUUUGGGAAGUCUAUGGCUCUGAUAAUUCAUUCCCUGAGCAAGGAUGACACUGGACAUUACACCUGUGAUUUGGGCACCAGUCAGACCAAGGCGAAAGUUACCGUGUAUGGUGAGUCAGAGGAAAAUCUUCAUUACUUGGGAGGAGCUAAGAAAGUCUCAUUUCAAGUAAAAAUCCUACUUUGUUUUUGAUCUGUGAUUUUGUUCUGUGUACCUGUAGACUUACACAUCACUAUCAUUCACCGGAUAAAGACAACAUCUGUCAUAGAAGGGGAAAGCUGCACUUUUGACUGUCAGCUUUCUCAUGAUCUUGAUGAUGAGCCGACUUGGACUAUUAAUGGUGAGGUGGUGGUCACAGAUGGCCGUAUACAGAUCAUCAACAAUGGUCGUAAAUAUAGGCUGUCUAUCAGCGAUGCUGUUCUUACGGAUGCUGGAGAUGUGGUCUUCACAGUUAAAGACCUAAGCUGCAGGACGAUGCUCUUUGUCAAAGGUGACUGAGAUAAAAUCAUAGGCACUGUUUGUCUUUGUGUUGUUACAUUUUCUAAGUAGUAAACACAUUUCAAUAAUAGAAAUCACUAUUUUGACUGAAUGUGUUUCAUUUUUCUGUAGAGAAGCCUGUACAUAUCUUCAGGCAACUGUUGAAUGUCAAGGCAGUGCCGGGUGAGGACGCAGAGCUGAGCUGUGAGAUCACCAAACCAGAUGUUACGAUCCGAUGGAUGAAAAAUGGCCAUUUGAUCAGACCAAGCCCCAAGUAUGAAAUGAGUGUAGAAAAAUACUUGGCACGAUUGUUGAUCAGGAACACCACCUUUAGAGACUCUGGAGAGUACUGCUGUGAGGCUGAGGGUAUUGCUACACGUGCCAAGUUGGAGGUCAGAGGUAAGUUAUUCUUUGUUUUUUGUUUUUUUUUUGCCAACACGAUCUGCAGCUGUAUUUCUAAAUGUGAAACUGUUUUCUAAACUUCAUUUCACCUUUCAGACCUCCAGCACACAUUUGCGAGAGAGUUACGAGAUACGCGAGCAGAAGAAAAGGGUAAAGUGACCCUGGAGUGUGAGACCAGGCGGCCAGCCAAGCGCGUGACCUGGCUGAGGGGGAUGGUGGAGCUGCGGUCUGGCAGAAAGUAUGUCAUCAGGCAGAAAGGGGUAGUACUGUCCCUGACCAUCGCCUGCCUGGAGUUAUCGGACACGGAUAUUUACAUAUGUGAUGUUGGCACCAUGCAGUCCCGGGCACAGCUGACUGUGCAGGGUGAGGACAGAGUGAAGGGGACACUAGGCUCUGCAUUACAGUUGUGCUGUGUUGUUGAAACUCUACCAGGGGCAAAAUGGAAGUUGGGUUAACGUGCAUGAAAAUGAGAGGAACAAAUCUUAAAAGAAAUUGUUAGAUUUUGUUUAGUUGAAGCUCAGGAUUUUUUUAUUCACACUCACACACAUAUGUUAAAAAUUAUACAAUGACAGAUAAGAUAAAUACUAAACAACAGAAUAGAGGAAUGUACGUGCAAACAUUUACAUGUGGAAUCAAGAAGCUGCAUAACAACUACUGAGAGUCCACAGAGUCCAGUGAAGCUCAAUUUGCAAUGAUAUGUUGAUUUUGCCUGGUGUAAAAAGACAAUCAUAUUGAAUGCUUGAAGCCCAAGUCGAUACCUUACUAACUAUAUAAGUCUUUUUUUUCAAGGGUCAGAAAUACUCAACUUGUACGUUUUAUUUACCAGGAUAAUUAUAGAAUAAUUCAUACUCUGCAUGCUAUUCAUAUUGCCUAGAAUUUUCAUCAAAUCUUUUCCCAAAUUCUCAGCAAAAAUUAGCUCCAGCAAAAGUGCUAAUAUUUUGUCAUUACUGAGUGUGAAAUUGUGCAUAUGUUAAAGAGGAAUAUACCGUUAAAUUUUGCUUUAAGAGGACCAGAUAACACAUCUUGAUACAAGCUGGUAGUGGUAGUUUUGACUCAUCCAUCUCCUCCAUGUUUCUCACAGGACAGAGAGUGCUGAUCCUGGAUGAAUUGGAGGAUGUUGAGUGCCUGGAGGGAGACACAGUCACAUUCAGGUGUCGAAUUUGUCCCAGUGACUACAUUGGGGUUAAGUGGUACCUUGAUGAAACUCUGCUGUACACCAAUGAGCUCAAUGAGAUCCAGAUGCUGCCUGGAGGCUAUCACAGCCUAACUUUCAGACAGCUCGCUCGCAAAGACACUGGCACUAUUUCUUUUUCAGCAGGGGACAAAAGAUCAUAUGCCUCACUGCUGGUUAGAGGUAAGACCUUUUAACUGCCUGACGGUUUUGUUGUGUGUUUUUUUAUGCCAUGUUUGAUUCCUAAUUAAUGUCUUUAACGCAACCAGAGAGGCGUCCCACCAUCAUUCAAGCACUGGAAGACUGUGAAGCUAUCGAAGGAGGCGGUUUGGUUUUGUCUUGUGUGACCUCCAAGCCAUGUCACAUCCUUUGGUACAAAGAUGGCUGUCUGAUGUGGAACUCCUCGAGGUAUUUUGCCACUCGCUCUGGCUGCGAGGCCCGACUGACGAUUCGGGAGGUCAGCAACAAUGAUGCAGGAGUAUACGAGUGCAGCGCUGGAUCUGUUACAACAAGGGCUGUUGUAACUGUUAAAGGUAUUAUUUUUGUUUAAUCAAUGUCCCUCACUUUUGGAGUUAUUUCUUUAUCUAUCAGUUAAUUUAACAGGGAAAAAACAUGUUACGUUGUUACAUCUAGUUAAAGUGAAACUGAUGUACUGUGCAUAGGCCAAUUUGCAGUCCUUGUCCCUGAUUAGGCUUUUAGGAAUAAGGCAGAUGAUACAAAACUAAGCUUUGAGGGCAGUUUAUAUUAUAGAGAAGGGACUGGGACUGUCUUGCAUUUGUUUGUGGCUUAUAGUCUUCACCAACUGCACCUAAAAGUUUCUCUUUUUUGAAUCAGAAUUAGGAUCAAGAUUAGGAUAACAUUGUGCUGGGUAAAAUUGUGAUCAUUUUAGCUUCUCUGCUUGUUGGUAACAUAUUAGGACUUGUAUUUUUUCCUUUUUUUUGUCUUCAUUAGCUAUCCCAGCAGAGUUCACCCAGCCUCUGAAAACUGUGGAAGCCAAAGAGGGCGAGACAGUGACCCUGACCUGUGAGUACUCUCUGCCGGGGGUGCUUUUCCACUGGUGGAAAGGUUUUGAGAGCCUCAGAGCUGGUGACAAAUACAUGAUGAGACAGAGAAAGACGAUCAACUCCCUCACCAUCAAAGCUGUGAAACCUGUGGACUCAGGAGAAUAUAUUUGUCAAUGCAGAGACCAUCGCACUACAGCAAUUCUCAAAGUACACGGUAUGGCAUAAACUGUUUCUCGACUUUUGUGCCUUUUUUUUCCAAAGCUAAACAUACAACAGUUACCCCCCCCAUUGCAUAUUAAUUAACUUUUGGGGGAACACGGCUCACAGAAUCACAGCAGAUUGUCUGAAAGUUGUUUCAGCACUGACUGUAACCGAGCUGUCACAGAUUUGUUGUUGAUAGACAGCAGAUUUCACACUUAGUUGUUUGUCAUGAACAGCAAAAAUCAAAGAAAGAAACUCAAAUUUGAUCACAACCUCAAGUAAAAGUUAUUACCCUCCAAAAUGCUAAACAACCAUUUCAAUUCAUAUUCACAGAUAUGUCUGUAUCCCAAGGUACUUCCUUGGUUUUAUAGUUCAUUUGUUUAGGAAAAAUGGUAAAACGUGCUUUUGCCUCAUCUCCAUUUGGUGGUUAAAAAAUUGCUAGUUUAUUUUUACUCCAUGCAAACCUGUAAAAAUACUUUUACCUGUACUGUCCAUGGCUUGAACAUUUCACCUCAUUCCUAACUGCUUUUGCUAAAAGAAGGUUGCCUCUUGUUUUCCAGCUAUCCCCAUCACUUUUGUACAGCAUUUGAAGAACAUGCAAGCAGAGGAGGGGGUCAGUGUCUUACUGCGUUGUGAAUUGUCCAAACCCGGACUGCCAGUGGAAUGGAAGAAAGGACAGGAGCUGUUGUGGAACGGAGUUAAGCACCAGAUGAAGAAGAGAGACACCACCCAGGAGCUUCUCAUAUGGAAGCCUGUGCCAGACGACAGUGGGGUCUACAGCUGUGUGUGUGCUGAUCAGGUCACAUCUGCCACUGUCAAAAUCAAUGGUAGGUUGAUGGCAGUAGUUUUUAAUUUACUAAAACAUAAAAGUGAUGUUGAUAAUUGUCAGAACUUACUUAUCACACCUUCAGCUUUGCCAGUAACCUUCAAGCAGAAGCUGAGGAAUACGCUGAUCGAGGAGGGUAGCUCUGCAACUUUACGGUGUGAGCUGUCCAAACCUGGUCACAGCGUGGAGUGGAGGAAGGGGGGGAAUGAACUCAUCAGAAAUGGAGACAAAUACCAAAUGAGGCAGAGAGACAUGCUGAUUGAAUUGAGGAUCUUUAGUAUAACACCUGAGGACAGUGACAUCUACACAUGCAUCUGUGGAAACAUAGAGACCACUGCAACUCUGACUGUUAGUGGUAAGUACAUUUGUUAGUAUGGCUCAGUUUUAUGAGCUCCCUGCCCUUCGAUAGAAGGUAUAUGAAACAAAACCAAACAGGCACCAGUAACAACUCAUUCAGUACGACAAUGGUAAGGACCUUGGGUGGAGGCAGGUCACAAAGCAGUUCAGAAAGGACGCAAGGCAAGGGAGAGGGAAUAGGCAGGCUAAAGCUGUUUAAAUAGAACGCCUAUUUUGCCAGUUGGAGGUGUUGAAGGUAGUUGGCUAAAUUGACACAGGCUGGCAUCAAGAUCAGCUGAUGUACUGUAGGUUGAUCUUGAGCUCAUUGCUUGCCUGUACAAAUACUGGGCUCAGUGAACAACCGGCUCGUAUCAAAUGUUAUUUGCUUGUAUGAUUAAAAUCUUGAUUUUCGGCUUCUUGAUUAUGAUACAGUAUUGUAGAGCACAUUAGAUACAACGCUUGUCAAAACAAAACAAAACAAAUUUAACGGGACAACAUUAAAAUAGAAUGGCAGGAUAGGAUACCACACAAUAAGAUACAAUACCUGUGACCUGAUAUGUUACCUACCCUACAAUACCUUUCUAUACAAUUUGAUUCAAUACAAUAGUAUGUGAUUCAAUGAUAUUCAAUUUUAAAUGUUAUAAUAAGGAAUAAUGAGCAUAUAAACAAUUCAACACUACACAUAUGAUAUGUUAUGAUCUGAUUGGACACAUACAGUAUGAUACUGAUUCUAUAUAAGCAGACACCACUGAUAUGAUACACGUCAUUGUUUCUGUUGGGGAUUGUGUCAUGAAAACAACCACAAGGAACAUACAUUACAGCAAUGUUGCUUAUGACUCCUCAACACCUUACUUUGUUUUUGCCUUUUAGCUCAACCCAUCACCUUCAAGCAGAAAUUAAGGAACCUGCAGGUAGAGGAAGGACAUAACAUCACACUCAACUGUGAGAUUUCUAAACCUGGCAUUCCAGUGGAGUGGAGGCUGGGAGGAGAUCUGUUGGAGAGUGGAGAGAAAUACCAGAUAAGGCAGAGAGACACAGCUCUGGAACUGAUCAUCAAUGAUGCUGAUCCAGAGGACAGUGGGGUCUACACCUGUGUGUGCAGAGAGCAGAGGACAAAAGCCACUGUUAAAACAUUUUUUCGGUUAUUUCACACUUUCUUUAUAAGUACAAAAUUCUACAUGUGUUCAUUCAUAGUUUUAAUGCCUUCAGUAAUAAUCUACAAUGUAAACAGUCAUAUAAAAAAAUAAAGAAAAGACAUUGAAUGAGAAGGUGUGUCCAAACUUUUGGUCUGUACAUCACACUUAACUGUGAGAUUUCUAAACCUGGUAUUCCAGUGGAGUGGAGGCUGGGAGGAGAUCUGUUGGAGAAUGGAGAGAAAUACCAGAUAAGGCAGAGAGACACAACUCUGGAACUGAUCAUCCAAGAUGCUGAUCCAGAGGACAGUGGGGUCUACACCUGUGUGUGCAGAGAGCAGAGGACAAAAGCCACUGUUAAAGUAGUUGGUAUGUUAGAUGUUUGCAUACUCUCUCUUCAUUGAUUAGUUACUCUUUAUAGGAAUAUACUAAACUGCCUGUUGUUCCCUUACACCUGUAGUUUGUGUUACGUAUGUAAACAGUGAUUGCUUUUGGGUCCAUAGCUGUUCCUGCAACAUUUAAAGUGUGUCUGAAAAGCCAGGAGGCUGAAGAAGGAAAAAGUGUGACAUUACGCUGUGAGCUGUCAAAGAAAGGAGUCCCUGUGCAGUGGCAGAGAGCCAACCAGGCGCUGUCUGUGGAGAUGUUUCGAGGAAAAUAUCAGGUGGGGCAAGAAGGGAAGACUGCUCAGCUGACCAUUCUUGAUGUACAACCAGAGGAUGCUGGAAAAUACAGCUGUGUCGCAGGAGAUGAGAAAACUACAGCUGAAGUCAAAGUAAAACGUAAGUCAAAGUAUGCAAGGAGACAUCAUCGGGCUUAGAAAUUACAUCCAGUAUGUGUAGUUUAAGGUGCACUUAAAAAAUAUGUUUUAGUGACUUAAAAUUUCUUUGAUAAUUAUUGAGAAACUGGUAUUUUGAGUAUAACCUGUCAUCUUUGGGCACAGGAUGUCCUUUACCUGAUUGAUGAGCAUUUAAAGCAUAACUUGGUAAUACACAGCUACAGGUUCUCUAGUUUUAAACAGCAAAAACAUGGGUAUUUGUGUGAAAUCCCAGUCAAGAAAGUAGAAAUGCCAGGUUGCAAAUCAGUGCGCUAAACAAUAAUAGCAAGAAUCUGAAAUAUACUCCAAACAGCUUUUCCUGUAACAUUCAAACGAGAGAUCCAGAGCAUGGAGGUGAAGGAAGGGGACAAUGGAGUUUUCUUCUGUGAGCUCUCCAAACCAGGAGCUCCAGUGGAGUGGAGAAAAGGCAGAAUGAUCCUAAAGCCUGGAGAGAAAUUUGAGAUGAAGCAGGAGGGACGCCUCACCAAACUGAUCAUCAACAAUGUAGAGGAGAGUGACGCUGGGAAGUACACUUGCAAGUCUAACCACAGCCAAUCAACUGCUGAGCUGGUUGUUCAAGGUAAAUGACAAACUAGAUGAUAUUCUCAGUAUCCAAGAUUUUUCAUUCAUUCUUUUGUGAAGCACUUCUCAUCUUUUUUUAAACCUUGCUAAUGUUUUCAACAGAAUCAGCUGAGCGCAGACGUCAACGAGGUCAGCUCUGAUGUAGUAGAAUCAAAGUAGACUUAGUGGGUGUUAUCACUGUGUGACCCCAUUAUGGCAUCCCACUAUAGCAGAAAUGAGAGAUAACUGUUGCAUUGCCACUUUGGUUGUUUUCCCACUUAUGGACAAAUUGCCAAAGUACAGUGUGCUGUACUGUACAUUGCUGCCCAUAAGCUGGGUGAAAAAGAAGAGUCAUGUCAUAAACACACAAACAACCUUGACUUAACGCCACCGUUAGACUUUAGAGUUGUUUAUGUAUGUUCACUAUUUUGUGCCAGGAAAAGCACUUCUGGAGUAGCACCAACUAAACUGGAUUAUCAUAUAAUCAGUUUAGUUGUUUAGUUUCAACUGAACAGCUUGUUUGAAAAAAAAAAAAAGAUGUUCGCAUGAAACAUUUUUUUUAUCUGACCAUCACUUCUACAAUGUAACUUCCAUGUAAUAUUCAUUAAGUUCAUUGUCAUUUUAAGGGGAAGGCAAUGUGUUUCAAGUUCAUCAAGUGGAUUUUUGGAUUUUCAGUACAAUGUUAAUGUGUUUCCUUUUGAGCUGUUUUAGUUCAAAAGCUUAUAAAUGUAAUAUCUCAGGUAUCUGUCAAUCCUUUUCUGCCUUUUGUUUCAUUUAUGGUAGUGUCAAGAUGUCUGAAAAGCAAAGCUGUUGUUAUUCUGUUGCGUAUUCUAGUCUCAUAUUUUCUUCCAAGUAUCGUUCUGUGGUGUGUCACAAGCACAAAUGUUGUUGCUCAGGUGGUGACAAGUCUUUUGGGGAUGUUAAAAGCUCUCUCUCUCAUUACCAGGUCUCCCACCAAGAUUCAAGUUGCCCCUAGUCAACCAGGAGGGGACGGAAGGCAACAGUGUGAUCCUGCGCUGUGAGCUUGACAAACCCGCUGCUUCAGUGGAGUGGUGGAGAGGACCAGAAUUGCUGAGAAAUGGAGACAAAUACCAGAUGAGGAAAAAGGAGCUACAAGUGGAGAUGAAGAUAUCAGACCUCAGUCUAGGUGACACUGGAGAUUAUACCUGCGUAUGUGGUGAACACAGAACAAAAGCAACAGUCGUAGUAAAUGGUGAGUGCUUCAAAUGUCAAUGACACGAAUUCCUCUGAACAACUGAUUUUGAGAGCAUGUUGGUGUUAACUGAACGCACUCUUUAUGAAGUUGCUGAUUUCGCUCAGUCCAUGUUACGUUGGUCCUGGAUUCAAAUCCAGUCCCCUGACAUUUGCUGCAUGUCAUCCUCUCUCAUACCCUCCUCUUAUUAUGCCACUCUUCAACAAAUUUAGAUAACAGAUAACCUUCAAACUCCUUUACUUUAUUACAAUUAACAGCAUACACACUACUGAAUUACUGCCAGUAAGAACUCAACACAAACAAACAUGCUGCAUACGAUUCAGAUGGAGGAACAAUGGAGCCAGGAAGCUAAUACAGAACACAGUGUUAAAAAAAACAGCUGUGGAUCCACUGAUGUUUUGUAAAACAACAUCUCUUGUGUUGCAGCUAUUUUAUCUACAGUUUUUAUAUGUCUUUGGAUAGAUGGUGAUACCUCGAAUGUAUAUGUAAAAACUUUGGUGAUGAUCUAAGGAUGUCUUAAUUUGAGUUAGGGGGCAGUAAAGCAGCAAAUGGAAGUUCAUUCUUUGUAAUCAUACUUUGAUAACAUGAAGCGUGUGUAUAAUUUCCUUUCUUCAUUUCCAGAGCGGCCAAUAAGAUUCCUUCAGGAAUUAAAGAAUAUUCAGGUUCAAGAGGGCAACGGAGUGACACUCAGCAGUGAGCUCUCCAAACCCAGCGUUUCAGUUCAGUGGAACAAGGGAGACAGAGUUUUGACAAAUGGAGAGAAAUACCAGAUGAAGCAAAGCGGCUCCAUCCUGGAGCUCCUCAUCAGGAAAAGCCAGCCUGAAGACAGUGGCUCAUACAGCUGUGUUUGUGAUGAUGACAUAAAAACUGCUGCUACCAUCAUCAUAACACGUAAGCACUUAAAUUUCACAAGGAAAUAAUACUUUGACAAUGUAAAACUCAUGAAAUGAUGUUUUGUGUCUCUGGUUCACUACUCUUCAGCAAUCCCAGUAACUUUCAAGCAAAAGUUGAAAAACCAGGAAGCUGUAGAGGAGGGCGAUUUGACGCUGCGCUGUGAGCUAUCUAAAGCUGGAGUCCUAGUGGAUUGGAGGAAAGAUGCUCAACUUCUGAAGGAGGGAGAGAAGUAUCAGAUGAGGCAGGAGGGUAGGAUGGCUGAGCUGCAGAUCAGGAAUUUAACUCUCAAAGAUGCCGGGGAAUUCAGCUGCAAUGUUGGCAGUGUUGUGACUUUAGCUGACAUCAAAGUAAGAGGUAUGCCAAAUGGACAGAAAACUUUCCAGGAGAAUGAUGAGACAGAUUUUCUCUUACUCUUAAAAUAAUAAAUGUUGGGUUCAUUGGGGGCAAUUUUCAUUUUCAGUAUUUGCUCACUAUUUUUAUUCCUAGCAAUUCCGGUCACAUUUAAGCAAGAGGUGGCAAACUUGGAGGUGAAGGAGGGGGACAGUGGAGUUUUCUGCUGUGAGCUCUCCAAACAAGGAGCACCGGUGGUGUGGAGGAAAGGUAGAGAGGUCCUCAGACCUGGGUACAAAUAUGAGAUGAAACAGGAGGGACGUCUCACUCAACUGAUCAUCAACAACAUAGAAGAGAGCGAUGCUGGGAGAUACACCUGCAAAACUGAUGACUACCAAUCAACAGCUGAACUCACCGUUAAAGGUAAGAUCAAGAUUUCACUCUUGAUAUAUGACAUCCUUCUUUUUUCACAGAUUUCUUUGCUGCAAUAAACACAUGAUGGGAUAGAAUUUGUAAUAAUUUCAUCAAGGAAUCAUUAGCGAGACUUUUUUUUUUAAAAGUAAACAAAAUUGCCACAAUUUUCUUCGCAGCUCCUCCCAUCACAUUCAAGACAAAGUUAAAGAACCAGCAGGUUGAAGAGGAAAACAGCAUAACACUUAGCUGUGAGCUGUCAAAGCCUGGCCUCACAGUGGAAUGGAAGAAAGGACAAGAGCUGCUGAAAAAUAACUUCAAGUAUCAGAUCAAGAAUAGAAACUGCAUCAUGGAGCUGACUAUCAAAAACUCACAGCUUGAGGACAGUGGGCUUUACAGCUGUAACUACAGUGACGUUAAGACCACAGCCAACAUCACUGUUACACGUAAGGGAAGAUUGCUAAUGCCAGCAUGUGUGGUGUGUUUAAAUAUCUUAAAAAUCUUUUUAAAAAAUGAUAAAAAUAAUGACAAAAACCUAAAAAAUAACAAGGAAAACAGCAAGAGCUCAACCACCGUUAUUUUUUUGAUGUGUUCCCUCUUUUUAACCUUGAAUAACUCAUGUCUUAUACAUAAAUUCAUUGAGAAAGAAUGAUUGGUUGCAUCUACUCUAAAAUCAGUGUUUUGACAACAAGGCAGUCAAAGAUAGUUUGGCAUAGAAAAAUAACAAACACACAACAUGUACCUGGUUUCAACAGCGAUCCCCCUUACCUUCAAAAUGGGCUUGAAGAACCAGGAGGCCCCUGAGGGAGGCAAUGUGACCCUUCUCUGUGAGCUAUCCAGAGCCGGGGUCCCUGUGCAGUGGUGGAAGGCAGAGGACCAGCUCUAUCAUGGAGGGAGAUAUCAGAUGACGCAGAGAGGGAAAAUAGCAGAGCUGCACAUCAAGAACAUCCAGCCGGAGGAUGUUGGGGAGUACAGCUGCAUCCUGGGAGAGCAGAAGACAACGGCUGAAGUCAAUGUUAGAGGUAAUUGAUGUGUGAUGUGAAAUGCACCUUUAAGAUAAUGAUGUGUGUAAUCAAGAUCACUCUACAUGACUUUUUCUGCUCAACCCAGUGUUAUUGCUGCACUGUAGUUGAUGUCACAUUUCAGGGUAAAACAAAAAAGGGAAGGACCCAAUAUGCAGAAGGAAAACAGAUUUAUUUAAAAGGCACUAAAACAACAAAAACUUACAUUCCAAAUGUUCAACUCAAAAAUCCCAAAAAACACAAAAGGCAAAAUUCAACUGAAUCAAAAAUCCCAAAUCCACAAAGACAUUGGAGACGCUGACACACAGACUUACAACACAAACCACACACAAUAAACCAACCAGGAAACAGGGGAAGACAGGGACUAUAUACAGUAUACACACACACACAGGGAAACGAGCAACGAGAGGCAGGUGAGACACUGAGACACAGGUGAAGACAAUUACUAAUGGAGGAAAACUGAGGAAGUAAAAAGAGACUAGAAACACAGGGAAUAAGCUACAACAAAAUAAAACAGGAAACACUGAUAUAAGGAAUAAAACACUAAGAACAUGACAGGAUCUGGGGUCAGACACAAACUGAAAACUAACAAGACAGGACUACAGGGGAACAGGAACACUAGGGAAAAUCACUUAAGGGAAACACAAAACCAGGGAAAAAACUAAAAACCAGAACAUAUCAUGACAGUUGUAAGAAUGUACAUAGGUUAUAUCAAAUGGCUUUAAAAUAGUGUUAUUUUAUUUUGUGGACCUGAAUAUCGGCUUUUAAGAUCUAAUUCAAUAUGACUCAGACUCCAGGAAAGAAUUAUCAUUCCCAAAGCUCAACUCUUGAGAUGAAUCCCAGAGUCUGUUAUUGUAAAUCUAUUACACAAUAGUCCACUUAUCAUUUGUGUGAAAGUUAAAACUUGUUGACCUUUUUUUUUCUUUUUCUUUCAUCAGCUGCAGCAUCUGUAUUCUUUGAGAAAGAACUGGAAAACCAAGCUGUGAUGGAGGGGAAAUCGGUGUUGCUGUCUUGUGAAGUUUCCAGUGCUAACGUCCCGGUCACUUGGAAGAAGGACAACAAAGCGGUUGAAGGAGAGAGAUACAUCAUAAAGAAAAAAGGCCCCACGCACACCCUGGAGCUCAAGAAACUGUGUCUGGAGGAUGCUGGGGAGUACUGCUGUAUCAGCAGAGGCAAGAAGACAGUUGCACAGCUGAUAGUGAGGGGUAUGUGGAUACUUUAGGUUCAUAUCCUUGAUUUAUUGUUUCAAUCAUUUACAAUACUAACCAAGUGUUUUUUUUCAUCUAAUGUUUUGUAAAUAUAUCCCAUUCCAUCUCUAAAAAGCCAGCUGUAUCUAGCUUCCUCUUCCUCCACAGAGCGUGUGCGCAUUGUCAUGCAUCUCCAUGACAUAACGGUGACAGCGGGCGAGGAUGCAACGUUUAUCUGUGAGCUGAGCCACGCAGACGUCACCGAGGGUGUCUGGUGGCUCGGCCCCAGCCCUCUGCAGAAGAAUGAGAUGAACCAGAUGACGUGUCAGGGUCGUCAGCACCGGCUGGUCCUCACUAUGACAACACCUGAGGAGACAGGCACUGUGGCAUUUGUGAUUGGGGAAGAGAGGACCUCUGCAAGUUUGCUUGUUGUUCCUAAAGCCAAAGGUGAUCAAAAAUAAAAGGAGUGAAGAAUUGAUUUAGCAAAAAGUAGAGCAUAACAUGGACAAACCUGAACCACAAAUAUUAAUGUUUUGUUCUAAAUUCCAGUUUUAUUUGAGGAGAAGCCUACAGAUGUUGUGAUCAUGGAGGGAGAGACAGCAACUUUGUCCUGCAAAAUCUCUGACCUAACUUCCCUGGUUACCUGGAGGCGGAACCACAUACCCCUCCGACACAGUGAUAAGUAUGAGCUGCGUAAGGAGGGAAAAGUCAACCUGCUGCUAAUCCAUGAUGUGGAUCCCCUGGAUACUGGCAUAUAUUCCUGUGAUACAGGAGACGUACAGAGCAAUGCCAAACUUACUGUAACAGGUAAAAACAGACUUCAUAUUGCUCACCAUCAGUGAAUAGAUGUUUGCUGUUAAACCUGCGCCUUAUAAUUUUAAAUCACAAAAUGACUCAGUUCCUGUUCAUUGCCCAAUGUUUCCUCAGAGCUCCCUCCAUUCUUCCAAGAAGAGUUGCAGAGUUUGGAAGCUGAAGAGGGAGAGUCAGCCUCUCUCUACUGUGAGCUGUCUAAACUUGGAGUGCCAGUCCAGUGGAAGAAGAACAAGCUGCCACUAAGAGCAAGCCGGAAGUACGAAAUGAAGCAGGACGGCUGCCUCUUCCAGCUCCACAUCAAGGAUCUCAAACUUGAAGACGGUGGCAUCUAUACAUGCCAAGCAGGAAAUGUAGAGACCACUGCAACUGUGACAGUAAAAGGUUUGUGGGCCUCUUUUUUAAGACCUAAAUGCACUGAAGUGCACGGUGCAGCAGGGUGUGUCUGUUUGUUCUAGGUGCUAUGUCUUUUGGGUUAGCAUCUCACUGACUGUAUCUUUUGAGUUAUAAUACUGAUCUUCAAACUUCAUGUUUUAGAGCUGCCACCGUUCUUCAAGAAAGAGCUAAGAAGUGUGGAGGCUGAGGAAGGAGGUGCAGCCACUCUGUGCUGCGAGCUGUCAAGGCCUUUUGUGUCAGUGCAAUGGAAGAAAAACAGACUACCUAUCAAGGCCAGCAGAAAGUAUGAGAUGAAACAAGAGGGAUGCUUGCUGCAGCUUCACAUUAAGGAGCUCACACCUGAGGACCGUGGCAGCUACACGUGUCGAGUGGGAAGUGUAGAGACCACUGCAAACGUCUUAGUUAAAGGUGCGUGCAUUUGGAGACCUAUCCGAGCCUUAAAUGAUUGUUAUUUGGUGUGCUACUCCUUUAAGAUUGCAAACUUUUCAUUUUAUCUCUCCUUUUUAUCUUUUUAAACCAUUUUAGAGCUUCCACCAUUCUUUAAAGUAGAUUUGCAGAAUGUGCGAGCAGAGGAGGGAGGCACAGCCAGCCUGUGCUGUGAGUCGUCGAAGGCUGGUGUGUCAGUCCAGUGGAAGAAGAACAAGCUGCCGCUCAGAGCCAGCAGAAAAUAUGAGAUGGAGCAGGAUGGAGGCAUUCUUCAGCUCCAUAUAAGAGAUCUCACACCUGAGGACAGAGGCAGUUACACAUGUCAAGUAGAAAGUGCUGAAACAACAGCAACUGUGUCAGUAAGAGGUUUGUGUCCUUGAGCACCUGCUCUUAAGUUUCUUUGUAGUCUAUAAGCCUCAUCUGUGGGGGAAAAUCAAAUUACUACUUCAUUCUUAUAAAUGCUUUGAUUUAAGUCAGGAAAUUACUAUUUGUAAGUUCUAACUAUUUGCAUUUUUCAGAGCUCCCACCAUUUUUCAAAGAGGAAUUGCAAAAUUUGAAGGUAGAGGAAGGAGAUGCAGCCACCUUGUGCUGUGAGCUGUCUAAACCUGGAGUAUCAGUCCAGUGGAAGAAGAACAAUCUAACACUGAGAGCUAACAAGAAGUAUGAGAUUCAACAGGAUGGCUGCGUCAACCAGCUUCACAUUAAAGAUCUCACACCUGAGGACAGUGCAAGCUACACAUGUAAGGCUGGAGAGGAAGAAACCACAGCGACAGUGACAGUUAAAGGUUUGUGAAUGAGGAACAUUUAACUAAAAAGAAAUGAACAUAUUUCACUCUAGACUGUGUUCUUUUGAUUCUUGAGUCUAAAUCUCGUUCUAUAUUUUGUUUUUAACCCACCAAAAAGCUUCAUAUUCAAAUUCCUGUUUUUGAGGCACAGUUUGUGAUCAACUCAGUUUUUUUUUUUUUUGCAUUUUUGUCUCCAGAGCUUCCUCCUUUCUUUACCAAGGACUUGGUACAUUUAGACGCUGAUGAGGGAGCUACAGCAUGCUUGUACUGUGAGCUCUCUAAACCUGAAGUGUCCGUUCAGUGGAAGAAAAACAAACUAACACUGAGAGCCAACAGGAAGUAUGAGAUGAAGCAGGAUGGCUGCAUGCUUCAGCUCCAAAUCAAGGAUCUCACACCUGAGGACAGUGGUAGUUACACAUGUCAAACAGGCAGUGCAGAGACCACUGCAACUUUAUCGGUAAAAGGUGUGUAUUUGACGAAAACAAAUUCAAUGUUUUCUCAUCAUUUAUGAUAUUGCACUAAUUAUGCCUUCCUUAUAAGUCUCAACCAUUUUUUUGAAACUGUCAUUUUUGUAGAGCAUGCACCAUUCUUCAACAAAGAACUUCAAAGCUUGGAGUCUGAAGAAGAAGGGAUAGCCUCCUUCUGCUGUGAGCUCUCUAAGCCUGGAGUGUCAGUCCAAUGGAAGAAGAACAAACUACCACUGAGAGCCAACAGGAAGUAUGAGACGAAACAGGAUGGUUGUCUUCUCUCGCUGAUCAUAAAGGACCUUAAACCUGAGGACAGUGGCAGCUACUCAUGUCAAACAGGAAGUGCAGAAACCACUGCAACUUUAUCAGUGAAAGGUGUGUGCAGCGCAAAAUAACAUAAAUGUUAGCAAUGUGUGCAGUCAUAUACUGAGUGAAAUUUGGAGAAAAAUCAUGAGUUUCCAGUAUGGUUAGUAUGCUGUUAUAAAUUUAGUUUUUAUGCACAUUUUAAAUUUGCUAUUUUCAAUUUUCCCCAGAACUCCCGCCUAUUUUCAUGAAAGACUUAUUUGAUAUGGAAGUUGAGGAGGAAGGCACAGCCUCACUCAAAUGUGAGCUCUCUAAGCCUGGAGUGUCAGUCGUAUGGAAGAAGAACAAACUACCUCUGAGAGCCAACAGGAAGUAUGAGAUGAAGCAGGAUGGCUGCAUGCUUCAGCUCUACAUCAAGGAUCUCACACCUGAGGACAGUGGAAGAUACACAUGCCAAGCUGGAAGUGCAGAGACCACAGCGACUGUGACAGUGAAAGGUGUGUACAUCUGUGACAAUGAAUAAUUUGGUUUUACUUAAAAGCUUAAUUACGCAAAUGAACAUUUAUAAUUGUGAGGUUGAUGUCACUAGAGAUCCUCCUCACAACUAAUGGAUGUUUUAAAAGCCUUAAAAUUUUCUGUCUGUAAAAAAUCAUGCAUUAUGUUAGUUUAAAAAAAAGAAAAACUUUAUUUCCAGUAUAAACAUUUUUAAAUUUGUCUUUUCAAUCACCACCCUUUUUGCAGAACUUGCACCAUCCUUUGACAAAGACCUGCAAAGUUUGGAUGCAGAGGAGGGAGAUGUAGCCUCCUUCUGCUGUGAGCUCUCUAAGCCUGGAGUGUCAGUUCAGUGGAAAAAGAACCAGCUGCCAUUAAGAGCCAACAGGAAGUAUGAGAUAAAGCAGGAUGGUUGUCUUCUCCAGCUGAGCAUAAAGGACCUCAAACCUGAGGACAGUGGCAGCUACACGUGUCAAGCAGGAAGUGCAGAAACCACUGCAACAUUAUCAGUGAAAGGUGUGUAAAUUGGUGACAUUGACUCAGUGUUAAAAAUGCAUGAACUUCAUCCUCGAGUUAAACUCAGAAAAUCAGGGAUUUUGUAGAAAUCUCAUGUAUAUUUAAUUUCCGUUUUUACAGUCAAUUAUUUCUAAAAAAUGCUAGUUGCUGAAGUUGCUGUAUUGUAGCUGUUCCAAUAAUGUUUUAUUGUAGUAAAGUUUGUCCAACAUUAUCCUUUUAUACCAGAGCUCCCACCAUUCUUCAAAGAGGACUUAUGGAGCAUGGAGGUGGAAGAGGGCGAUACAGCCUACAUGUGCUGUCAGUUAUCUAAGCCUGGAGUAUCUGUUCAGUGGAAGAAGAACAAACUACCACUCAGGGAUAGCAGGAAGUAUGAGAUAAAGCAAAAUGGUUGUCUUUUCCAGCUGAGCAUAAAGGACCUCAAACCUGAGGACAGUGGCAGCUACACAUGUCAGGCAGGAAGUGAAGAAACCUCUGCAACAUUAUCAGUGAAAGGUGUGUGUGCUUGGCAAGAGUGACAUUAAAUGUUAGCAAUGCGUACAGACAUAUGUUGAAUGAAAUUUGGAGAAUAUCAAGAGUUUCUAGUUCAGACAAAGCUGGAAGAUUUUGUGUUUUUAUGCACAUUUUUUAGAUUUGCAAGCCAAUCAAACUGACCAUUGAAUUUGUUUUGCCCCUCUGUUAGUUGACAGUGAAUCAUCUUUUGAUUACGCAAAGCCUGUUUCAAUUCUUCAAUUGUCCCCAGAACUCCCACCUAUUUUCGAGAAAGACUUAUCUGAUGUAGAAGUUGAGGAGGAAAGCACAGCCUCACUAAAAUGUGAGCUCUCUAAGCCUGGAGUCUCAGUCCAAUGGAAGAAGAACAAACUACCUCUGAGAGCCAACAGGAAGUAUGAGAUGAAGCAGGAUGGUUGUCGUCUGCAGCUGAUGGUAAAGGACCUUAAACCUGAGGACAGUGGCAGCUACUCAUGUCAAGCAGGAAGUGCGGAAACCUCUGCAACAUUAUCAGUGAAAGGUGUGUGUUCUUGGCAAGAGUAAGAUUAAAUGUUAGCAUUGCCUACAGUCAAAUGUUGAGUAAAACUUGGAGGAUAUCAAGCGUUUCUUGCUCUGACAAAGCUGGAAGAUUUUUUUAUGCACAUAUUCAGGUUUGCAGACCAGUCAAACUGACCAUUGAAUUUUUUUGUCCCUCCAUUAGUUGACAAUCAAUCAUCUUUUGAUUACAAAAAGCCUGUUUCAAUACUUUCAAUUUUCCCCAGAACUCCUGCCUAUUUUCAAGAAAGACCUAUCUGAUGUAGAAGUUGAGGAGGAAGGCACAGCCUCACUGAAGUGUGAGCUCUCUAAGCCUGGAGUCUCAGUCCAAUGGAAGAAGAACAAACUACCUCUGAGAGCCAACAGGAAGUAUGAGCUGAAGCAGGAUGGCUGCAUGCUUCAGCUCUACAUCAAGGAUCUCACACCUGAGGACAGUGGCAGAUACACAUGCCAAGCUGGAAGUGCAGAGACCACAGCGACUGUGACAGUGAAAGGUGUGUGUAUUUAAGAGUGAGGAUAUAACUGUUUGCUUGUUGAAAACCACACAACGAAAACCACUUUUACUGUUUUGUUGCUGUUCUUGCAGAUCAAUCUAUUACAACAUUAUUUAUUCCAAACCUCUAAAGAAAAUUAAGUGGAACAGAUUUAAAUUUCUUCUGAAUGUUCGGAGAAUCUCUGAUUUUACCUUUAGUUACAAAAAGUUUUUUGAACUUAUAACUUGUUCAUUUCACAGAGCUUGAACCAUUUUUCACAAGGGAAUUACAAAACUUUAAUGGCGAGGAGGGGUGUGUAGCCUCCCUUUGUUGUGAGCUGUCUAAACCUGGAGUCUCAGUCCAGUGGAAGAAGAACAAGACUCCAAUAAGAGCCAAUAGGAAGUAUGACAUAAAACAGGAUGGUUGUCUUCUCCAGCUCCAAAUCAAAGAUCUCAAACCUGAGGACAGUGGCAGCUACACAUGUCAAGCAGGAAGUGCAGAAACCACUGCAACUUUAUCAGUUAAAGGUAUAUCUACAUUUAGCAGUCAGAAAUCUAUUGUUUACUCUAAAUGGAUAUACCCACGCAAUGAAUAAGAGACAUGUCACAUGUCUAAAACAAUGGGUUGAUACAACUCAAAUCUCAUUUAUUACAAUGAAAGUGAUUGACAUUCUUGGAUAUAAUUUUCUUCUUCCACUGAAAUUUGCCAAUAUUUUUUCAGAGCCCCCAGCAUUCUUCAAGAGAGAUUUAUCUGAUGUAGAAGUUGAGGAGGAAGGCACAGCCUCACUGAUAUGUGAGCUCUCCAAGCCUGGAGUGUCAGUCCAGUGGAAAAAGAACAAACUACCUCUGAGAGCCAACAGGAAGUAUGAGAUGAAGCAGGAUGGCUGCAUGCUUCAGCUGUACAUCAAGGAUCUCACACCUGAGGACAGUGGUAGUUACACAUGCCAAGCUGGAAGUGCAGAGACCACAGCGACUGUGACAGUGAAAGGUGUGUACACAUGGAUGAUGUAGUUUAAGCAUUUGAAAUUUUCUUUGAUAGCAUCCUGAUACAGGGAGAGAUAUAUUUGAUUAUGAAUAACUUAAUAUGAUUAGACAUUGUGGGACACUGAUAGAUUUGCAGUGAAGCAAAUCUAAACUGAUCAAUUUAAUUUGCAAUGUUAAAAGAUUUAUGAAAACCGCUUUAUCAACCUAGAUACAAGAUGCCUUUUUCAUCAAAAUAACUGAGAAAAGUAUUGCCUCAUAUUUGGUUGACCAAAGUGUACAUAUUAUAGCGUAAAUGGGUACAAAUCCCCUUUGCAUUUUAUUAAAUAUUGUCUCGAAACAUAUUUUGAUCUUCUGUGUCAAACCUUCUCAGAGCUCCCACCAUUUUUCAAGAAGGACCUACAGAGUGUGGAAGCCGAUGAAGGGGGUACAGCUUCCCUGUGCUGUGAGCUGUCUAAGCCUGGAGUGUCCGUUCAAUGGAAGAAAAACAAGCUGCCACUGAGAGCCAGCAGAAAAUAUGAGAUGAAGCAGGACGGCUGCCUCUUCCAGCUUCAAAUCAAAGAGCUUACACCUGAGGAUUGUGGGAGCUACACGUGUCAAAUAGGAAAUGCAGAUACCACUGCUAUAGUGACAGUGAAAGGUGUGUACAUUUGAUGAUUAAUUGUUUACGUUGCAAGAAGUCAAGUUUAUGAAGUGAAAGUUUUGUCCAAAAGUUAUCACAGUAUCCAGUCAAUUUUUUUAUUCUCUUGUCUAGCACUACAGCCGACUCUUCUGAAAGUAGAGCCUCCAGUGGUGCCACCUCAAGCAAAGGUUGCUGUUUCCAAACCAAAUCUUACUCCAGAGGAUGAGAGGCCUGUUAUUCCAGAGGCUAAGCCCGUCCCUCCGGAGCCCAAAAAGAGAACUCAUCGGAAAGCAUCUAUGACAAAUUCAGAAAAAGAUCUGGAGACAAUCAUUGACCUGAAACAGGCAAUCCAGAGAGAGAACAGGGAGGAGCAAAGAGGCUUCCAGCAGGCAAAGUCUGUGGAGGACAACACUGAUGUUGCACAGAAUGUGAUGCUACAGAAGACGGAUGACAGUAAGGUGUAUAAGAAAGUUGUUAAGACAAUACCACAGCUGGAGACAGUGGAUGGUGUCAACAGAGAAUUAGAAAAGCCAGAUAAGCCUUUGGAAACAGAAGAAGAAGCUUUAGUAGAAAGAAGACAAGCAGAAAGAAAGCUGGAGAAUAAAGAAAAGACUGAAUAUCAGGAGAGUCAGUCAGAUGGAGCCAGGAAAGACAUUGUGUUUAAACAAAAUAAAAAGAUAUUAACAGCCAUGGAAAAGGAAAAUGAAACUGAUCUGAAGUCAAAACAAAUAGAGGAGUCUGCAGAGAGGACAAGGGAAGUUGACAGAAGGGAUAAGUUUCAAGAGUCAGAAGUGUCAGAGAUUAGCGAGGAUGACAAACGGUAUUUGAAACCAUCAGAAAAAUUGUUUGAGAUAGAGCAACCAAAAGAACCAGAGAAGUUCACAGCAAUGAAGGUAGAAAUACACAAAACGGAGGAGGAACCUCUGAAACCACCAGUUAGAUCGAAAGGAAAGGUAACUGGGGAGAGGGAACCACCUAAAUAUGAUGCCAAGGAAACAGAGGAGAUCGGUGUCCCAUCAGUGAAGCUCACUGUGAAUGAUUCUGAAGAAGACCACAAACAGAGAGUAAAAGCGGAGCAAGUGUCGACAGAGGCAGAGAGGGAGAAAAAAACAGUAAAAGAACCAGAAAAGACUGUAAAAGAGGCUGAUAUUACAGCUCCAAAACCACCUGUGAGGAUGAGGAGCAAAGCGAAGGGGAGCAUGGAUAAGCAAUAUUCACGGGACACAGAGACGGAUCAAGAUGAGCAGCAAGCAACAAGAGCUGUGGCGAAAAUAACAGCGGAUCAGCCCUUGAAACUUUCUGAUGAUACUUUAAAUACAGACGUUGAGGAGAAACCAAGAUUUGAGAGAAUAAUAACAACAGACACUAAAAUCGAUGAGAAAUCUGAGCAAACUGUAAAAGCUCUCAAGAAGGACGCAAACAUCGAACAGCCAAACCAGCAACCUGUAUCGACAGACAGCAGGAAACUUGAAGAAAUGAAGAUUCCAAUGAAAGCUCCAGAAAAGGAAACACGUGUCAAACAGCCAGUUAAACCCAUGAGAAAGGAACCUGAGGUGGACCAGGAAACAAAGCUGGUAGUUGAACCAAUGAGAAGAGAGGAGGAACAACAAACAACAACAAAGACAGCUGAAGAAAUACCCCUCCUUUACAUUUCGGAGGAUGAAACUUUCUCAGAGGCUUUGACUGAGAUACCUCCAAACCUCGACCAGGACAGUAUUCCUGAGCUUUUGGCUGAAAGGUCAAAACAACUACCUACUUCUCUCCCGACUACUGCACCCCAGUCAGCACAACCACCAAGUCAAGAGUCACCAGAGUUUGACAUCAGCAUUGAGGAUGAACCACAACUCCAAGAAGCUGCGGUCAAAAUUCAGGCUGCAUUCAAAGGCUACAAAACCCGUAAAGACAUGCGCCCUGUCUUUAAAGACGUUUUUAAGAACCAGAGUGCUGAUCUUCAUGGUACAAUUACUCUAGUGUGUGUUGUAGAGGGUAAACCCAGCACUGUGCGCUGGCUGAAAAACAGCCAACAAAUCACUGGUGAUCAUCGAUGCCGUAUUGAGACGACAGAAAAUGGUGUUUGCACUCUCGUGAUCAAAAACUUGACUGCAAAUGACGGCGGCGUCUACACAUGUGAGGUGGUGAAUAAGUUUGGUGUGACCUCCUAUAAUGGAAACAUAACAGUCGUACAGCCCCAGAAGUCUGCUCCUACUACCCAGAGGCCUAUACACCCACCUCUCGCUGCCAUAACUCCCCUGCAACUUGCCCCACAAAAGCCUGAAGUCCAGGCUAUGACGCAGAUCCAAACUCAGACGCCCAUCUCUGCUACUGACGAUGCAAACUAUGUAGAAGGUGUUACUGAAUCUCUGUGGGAGGCCUAUAACCUGACAGAGCAGGACACCCAGUUGAGACUGCAGGAGAGGAGAGGGUCCUCACUCAUUGCUGCUAGCUCAGGUAAUAGUUUUGAUGAGAAAUAUGAAUUUCUUCUGCCAUAUAUGUAGACUGCAUUAAUGAUAUUUCCUGCUUUCAACAGUAUCAAGUCCAUCUGAUUAUGAAACAGCUCCAGAUAUGAUGGAACCUGUUGAGUCCGGUCCAGAUGUACCAAAGUAAGAAGGCUAAAAGAAGAUUUAUUUCAUGCGGGUUGUGUUGCUGCUUCUUGGUAUCAUGUUUUUUAAAGACACUGACAUUUCAAAUGGAUUCUGUUACAGAGAGGUGACAAAAGCACUGGACCAAGCCCCUGUAAAGGAUGAGGAUGAACAGGCAGCUCCCACACUACCUCUAAAGAAACUACUGAGUGUCAAAGGUCAGUCAUGGUGAUUGCUCUCAUCAGUGUUAUCUCUCCAUUUUCUGUAGUUUUUAUUCAUUUUUCUUUUAGGUUUGUUACAGUUAUAUACCCCUUUUUGUUUUUUGGUAGGUGCUCAUGAGGGUAAAUUGAGGACACCCUCUCCGAAACACCACCGAUCUCACACACCCUUAACCAGCACUGUCUCUGGAUCAGAGUCAGAAGGGGAACAAGACAGACGAGAGGUAAGCUAAUAACCAUAACUCAAUCUACUUCUAUAAUAAAUCCUUCUUUCAUGCCUUCAAAAUCUAACUUUGUUCUUCUUGCACCUCAGACAUUUGAAAUGUACGUGGCUCGAGCUGACUGCAGUCCUGACAGUGGAAAUAAGGACAGCUUUGUACUGAAAGAGGGACAGUUUGUGGAGGUACUGGACUCUGUUCAUCCUGAUAAAUGGUUGGUGAGGACCAAACCCACCAAAACCAACCCUGCUCGACAAGGAUGGGUGUGUCCAGCCUACUUGGAGAAAAAGAGGAAGGUAGGUUAAAUGACCAGGGGAGUCAGUUCCGAUUUAAAACGUUAUAUCCUGUAAUCUAAAUCAGUUUGUGAGGUUUUUCAUUCAACAAAGUGCUUUUAUUUCAUCAAGUAAUAACAGAUUGAAACCACACACUUACAUUGUUCUCUAAAUCAGGAGACCUUCCCUCAGUUAAGAACACCUCAGGAGGAUCUAGAUGGAAUUGGGUCUACGGGAGAAGAGUACAGAAGAGCUCUGAGGUUCGCCAUUCUUCCAUUACACAACAAGUUAAAUGACAAUCGGACUGUGAUUUUGAUUAUUUAUAUGUAUUAUAAAAUGAUACUGACUAAAUUGUAUUGAAUUCUUAGCCAAUUGAUCCAAGGCCUCAUCAAUGGAGAAGAGGAAUUUGUAAAGGAGAUGAAGAUGUUUACCUGUAACCAGCUAAAUUAUUUGGACUGUAGCCGGAAUGUCCCCGUUAACAUCCUUAACCAGAAAGAAAUCCUCUUCAGGAAUAUCAAGGACAUCGUACUUCUGCAUGAGAGGUAAUGUGAAAGCAAAACUAGAUUGUCUUGUAUUCAAUAUAACUAAUACAAUUUGAGUGUGUUAGUACAGCAUGCAAAUAAAUGACAUAGUCAUAUGUUUUCACCAGGUGUGUCCUUCCCGGUCUGAGAGUGUGCGCCACUGACGAUGAUGUGGCUAUGCACCUCAUCAAGCACGCUGUGGACUUUGAGAAGUAUCUUCACUACAUGGUGGGACAAGCACAAGCAGAAGCCUGCAUCAAUGACAAGACUGUCCAGCAGUUCUUCCAAGUGCGGAUUCACUGUGUCAUCUAUCAGAAACAUUAUGGAGGUUAAGGUGCUGAAAGUUUUCAUAUCGUAUGUAUGCUUCUUAUUACACUUAAGGAGUUGGCAGAAUCUGGUCAGCCUGAGGCUCCAUUUAUGGACGUCUUGACCUUCCUCCAGCGGCCAGUGGAGAGGAUUCAAACGUACCAGGCUCUACUGAAGGUAAGACUCACUCACACAGCUUCACAGCUUAACUUUUAUGUGAGCCCUAGAUCUUUAAGUUCUGCACAACUGCAGUAAACUCAGCUGUUUGCUUAUCCUACUCUAUGUCCCUUCAUUGUAGUGUUACAAAAGGUAGAUAUGUUUGUUUCAACUCAAUCUAAGCACUUAAGUUUGUGAUGUUGUUAUUACUUCAUGAGGCGGUGCCUGCUGAAUGUCUGAAAUGUGAAUUAAUAUUUUUUCGUUAGGAAUUAAUAAAGAACAAAGCCAAAAGUGGACAGAGCUGCUGUCUUUUGGAAGACGCUUUCUCCACAGUGUCCUGUCUGCCCUGGAGGUCUGACAACCUGCAUCAGGUGUCCCUCAUCGAGAACUACCCAGCUCCUCUGACAUCAUUAGGCGAGCCUGUGCGACAGGUAACUAAAUAAGUUAUUUUAAUUUUUUUAUUUCAUGUCAGAUUGACUUAAACGUACUGUAUUUUGUUUUUAUUUCACCAAGGGAGCCUUGUUUAUAAGUUGUGGCUUUAAUUCAUUAGACUUUUUUCAACAAAGUGGCUGUGUAAAUCCUUAAAAUCAACAAAAUUUUGAUAACUGGUCAUAUACUGCACAUGCAUCAUACUGUAUGGUCUUCACUUUUAACAGGGAGUUUUCACAGUGUGGGAGGAAUCGCCAGAAAGUAAAACAGCCUCUAGAGGGCAUCAGAGACAAAUCUUUCUCUUCAAGGAAUGUAUAGUGCUGUGUAAACUCAAAGGUGACACAUAUUCUUUCAAGAACAAAAUGAAGGUAAGAGAUAAUCUCCUGCUCAGCCCUUUUUUCAGCUUUUAUUCUACUUCUGCUUUAUUCUUCGACUAAACUAAUUAAAACAGGUCCUGUAUACCCAUACACACUCAAUAGCUUUUUCCAAUUCUCUGAGUUUUCGUUCUCAUUUUCUACCUACCCAGCUAAAUGAUGUGGAAAUAAAAGAGAGUGUGGGUGGAGAGGAGAAGUCCUGGGGGUUGUGGCAUGAGCACAGAGGCUCAAUGAGAAAGUACACCCUGCAGGGUCGCUCCUCUCUUGUUAAAGUCUCCUGGCUCAAGGAUCUAAGGGAGUUACAGCAGCAGGCCAGCCUGCCCACUAAUUGUAUGUAUUUUAUUUUUUAAGGAAAAUGCAUACCAGUCUUAACAGUCAAACAUUUGAUCAGGAAAUAUUUUAGCUGUAUUUAUUCUAAAUUCCAGCCGUUGUUUCGGGUGGACUACAGUUCUGGUAUGGCGAGUGAUUUCUGUAUUUAUGUCUCUGUCUCUUGACAGGCCCACCUGUUUUUGAGUCUCUCUUGUCUGACUGCACAGCAAAGAUAGGGCAGACAAUCAAACUAACAUGUAAAGUCACAGGAUCACCAAGACCAGUGGUUAGCUGGCUCAAAGGUCAGUAAACUCUACAUGUUUGUUAAUGUAAAAAAAGUGUUGAUAUACGCAGUUUAUUCUGCAGUUUCUUUAUGUACGUACUUAUUACAAUUGAUGUAUAUAUAUAGGACUGAUUUCCUGAUCACAUUUGUGGUAAAUAUAUUGUAUGGGUUGGUUUCACUGAGUAAUAAUCUAAUGUCCUCCUCAUAGAUGGCCUCCCUUUGGAGGAUGACCCACAUCACAUUAUCACAGCAGACAAGUCAGGAACCUGCAGUCUGAUCGUGGACGGCCUCACUGCAGAAGACUCUGGACAGUUUAUCUGCCAUGCUACCAGCUCCAUGGGCAGUGCCGGUACUCUUUCAAAGGUGGUGGUGCAAGGUGAGUCUACAGAGGCAUCUUAGCCUCGGGUAAAUGAUGUCAGAGCCAUGUUUGUGUUUAAAGCUGGAUAUUGGAUAUCCUCUACAUGAAGUGUUAAACGUAGCAAAACUUGUUUGUUAUGUUUGUACCACUGUGUGUUUGUAAUUACAAUGAGCAAUGCUGCCACUACUACAAUAACUUAAAACUAAUUUAUAUUGCAACUCUUUAUUACUACUUUUAUAGCUGCUCAUAAUACAGAAAAGUUUAAUUCAUAAAGUUAAAAAUACAACUAAGGGGUAUAUUCUACUUCUUCAGCAACUAUUACACCUAAACUUUCACUAUCACAACAGUACUUCUGUAAUUACAGAUGUCAGAUUUCUACAUGUGUAACUUCAACUCCUGCAAUGCUACUACUUUGCUGUGAAAUACCAAUAUUACCUCCACAAACUAGUGCAUUGCUCUGAGAAGCCCAAUUACACUUUCAAGACCUACAACUUUGGUUAAAUUUGUAAUGUGUUAAUUAUGUUUUUUAACCUAGAUCCAGUUCUAUACUUUAUCUACUGUAAGUUUUACUUCAGUAACUUUUGACAGUCGUCACAGACACUGAUGACUUAUUGCCACACAGUAACUUCCCAGAGGUAUUUAUUUCUAAUCCUUCUUGCAGAAAAAGUUAGUGUAUUUUUUCUUUGUCUAGCACCACCAAGAUUUUUGUCCAGACUGGAGAGUGCCUGCCUGAUAGAGGGAGAAGAUAUACAGUUUAUCUGCUCCACACUCACUACUCCUUUACCACGAAUCAGGUAAAUAAAUAAAUAAAUCAAUAAAUACUGAGCAGAUAUAACCCUGUUUGUUGCUGUUGUUUUUUUUCUGUCUAUUCUGUGUCAAACAAUUCCAUCUUUGGGGUUUUUCAGGUGGUUGAAAGAUGGCAGAGAGUUGACUGACCAGCAAAAAUACUCCAUCCAGAAUGAUGCUCGCAGCGGGAUCUUGUGUCUGACAGUCAUCAGUGCAACAGAGGCAGAUAUUGGGCAGUACGAGUGUGAGGUAGAAAAACAAACAAGUUUAUCCAAUGUCACAGAUAACAGAGAUUUUUCUCAGAGAGGAAGUUCAUCAAAUGUUUGUUUCUAUUCUUUCAGCUUUGGAAUGAGUUUGGAUGUGUCAAGUGUAAAGCGGGGCUUGUGCCCGCCUUAUGUACCAACAAUUGACAUUGAGAAUGACCAACCAGAGGACUUGCCUCCAAAAGGUAUGACAGCCAGACCUGCUAAAGGUAAAUAUUUUUCACACAGGACUCAAAUCCAGGACUGGGUUCCCAUAAAGCUGCCCCACACUCCUUUGAGAGGGGAUGAAGCACAUGCCAUUGUCCAGUUUUACUUCAGUUUAAAUCACCUCUGACCCUUUUUGCAUCACAUCAUUUGACAUCUGUUCACGUUCAAACAAACUGCAAUGAGUUGCAUCAAUUACCACUUUCAAACUCCACCAUUCAUCCAUUUUAUCUACUCAAUGCCAUUUCAAGAUUGACUCACAUUUACUUUUUCCCAUUUCACACACACUCACUUCAUAAAAGGUUCCAACAACCAUACCAGUGAUCAGUAGAUCCUCUGAGAUCAUGGCAUGGACUCCUGUCAUUGCAUGAACAACAAGACAAUGCAAAGGAGGAAUGAGCAGUUACUUUCUGAGCUAAUGUAGAUUUGCACGGUUUAAAUGUGUUACACAUGUGUAUGCAUGAGUUAAAACAACCAACAUAUACAUUUUCCAUCUCUAAUAUUUACAAUCAACUUAUCUUCCAUAGUACCACACUCCAUAAAAGCACCGUUUUAUUGUGUAUUUGCUGUAUCACUAGUUAGUUAAACCCAUCUGUCCAUUUUACAUCUGCACAUUACCUAAAUUGAACCAUUUCUGACCUCUAACAAAACCAGUUUUAACAUUUCAAUAUUGUUUUUUUUUUUAUCUGUUUCACCAUGCACUUCAUCGAUCAAUCAUCCCAGCUGUGGUGUAAAUCUUUUUCAUCUCUGCAUGCACUCAGUAGUUGUAGUAGUUUUUCCAUCAAUGAAACCUUCCAGUGCUCUGACCCAGCAGGAUCUACUGGUAACCAUUCAACCAAGACACCUCACUUCUGUCACCACAUCCUCAUCCAUGAAAGACAUCUUUAUUGUACGAGAUGUUUUUGUGUUUGUCAUUAUGUUUCUGCUUUCAGUAGAAGGGUUUGGAUUAGAGCAGACUAGACCACAGCUACUUCAAACUGUCAUUUGGUACAAAAUUGUUUGCCAAAAUUUAAAAUGCUCUAAACUCAAACCAGGGGCUUUGAAAGCACCACCUUUUCCUCCCAUGUAUAUUCAUCAUAGUGUCAUAAAAGUAUGAAGUAAAAUUUAGAUUUACUGUCGUCAACUAUUCAGUUCAGAUGAACACCAACUGCAGGUUUUAUAGAUGAUCUCUGCAUGCCAUGUAUAGUUGUCUGACUUGUAUAGAUUAUUCUUCUGUAUUUCUGACAUCAGUUCAUUAUGUUAAAUAUGUUCAUUAUCUUCUUCCAUUUCCAUAACCUUCAUGUUUUCCAUCUCCCCUUUAUAAGUCCUUAAGCAGGUGGUUCCUCACAUGGACCGUCCCAUGUAAGUCACCAUUUUCAUGAUAACAAAUAACCACUCAACAUUACCCUUUCUCCUACUGCCAACGCAUGCCCAGCUAACUCUUCACCCCUAUGAACACAAGAUGGUCAUGUGCUGGGCAGGUGGUACCUCCAUACAGUAGUGGGUGUAUGCCCAUAUCCUGUUGUUGUGUUGGGUUAAUGGGUUUGAACCCACAAGUACAGAGGUAAGAAGUGCAAUAUCACUGCUCUUGGUAGUAGAGGUAAUGUAUUUUAUUUAUUUUUCCUGUUUGAUUAAUUCAUUAUAUUUAAAGUACAGUCAAUAACAGAUGAUAAUGCCUUAAAAAAGAUUCAAAAAUACACUUAUAUAAUUCCCUCCUACCAGAAGCUCCUGCUCAGGCUCAUUUUGUUUUUUGUAGAUGCAGACUCCGAGGGCUGGUCCACUGCUUUUGUUAAAAAGUGGUUACAGACUGAUUUCAGCCCAACCUCCAUUGCUAAGAUGCUCUUCCCUCCUGAACACACUGAACAGUAAGUUUAGCACCACCAGCCUUACUAAAGAAUCCAUCCUUGGUUAAGUAAUAGAUUGAUUAAAAUGCUCCCUCUGACAAAUAUCUAUCUUUGAAACCAGAGCCGAGUACAGCGCUGAGGCGGUUGUUCCUACAUCAACACCGAUGGAUCAGGCUCAACAGCAGCCGGUGUAUUACCUGGAGGAAGAAGAGGAGGAGAUUUACAUGUCAGAGCAGUCCAUACAGGAGAUGACAGGUGAUUUAUUUGUCUCUUUAACAGAAGUGUAUGACUGCUAUCAAACUGUAUUAGAUCAUUAACCGUUGAUCAAACUGUUGUUGGAUUUGAUCUCGUUCCAGCUCCACCCUCCAUCCAGGUACCUACUGAGGACCUGUGUGUGGAGCCAGGCCAACCAGCUACCUUUACUGCCAUCAUCACAGGGAGACCAGCUCCUACAAUACAGUGGUACAAGGUAAGAGUGUUUAGACCAGUGAUUUGAAUAUUAUAGGUGGUUGACAUGAUAAUUCUUGAUGUUUUAUCUCAUGGGUAAUGUACCAUACUUAACAGCAAACGUUCUCCUCAUACACAUGAAUUUUAACUUCAACCUUAAAGAUAAAAAACUAAACUACUGGUGUAAAAUCUUUCUCUUCACUCUCCCUGACUGCCUCACAAACACCAUGCUUUUACUGUUGUGAUUGCAGGAUGAGGAGCAGGAGCUUGCUGCCAAUGAGAAUAUGGAGAUAGUCCAGCAUGGAGCCCGCUGCUUGCUGACCAUAAUUUGCCCUGAGGGUGAGGACAGCGGCUUGUACACCUGCUUGGCGUACAAUGACUUUGGCCAUGCCUCAUGUCAGGCUCAGCUGACAGUGGAAGAAGGUGAGGCGACACUAAUGCUGCUGUGAUCAACUGUUCCGGUUUCAUAAACAUGGAUUUAUUUGUCAGUGAAUAUUACUGAAGCUGCUAAAUUAUGCAUAUCAGAAAUGAAUGACGGGAUAAGGACGGUAUGACAGAUUUUGUGAUCUUUGUCAGUCCAAGUAGUAUUUUCUUUUUCACCCUCAGGUCCAUUGGAGCGACAGGAGAGAGAGGUGGAGCUGGGGAAGAGAAGAAAGUUAUUCUCUGUCUAUGAUGUCCAUGAGGAAAUUGGAAGGUGAACCUUUAUCCUUGUGUAGCUCUGUAUACCCAUUAUCCCUGUUGAGGUUUCAAACAUUGAUGUUUCUGUAUUUUAGGGGAACCUUUGGGGUGGUGAAGCGUGUGAUCCACAGAAGAACAGGUGAAGUGUUUGCUGCCAAGUUUCUGCCCCUGCGCAGCAGCACUCGGACCAGGGCCUUCCAGGAGAGGGACCUGCUGUCUCGACUGGCUCACCCCAGAGUGGCCUGUUUGCUGGACUUCUUUUGCACCAGACGCACCCUGGUUUUGAUCACAGAAAUGUAUCCUUCAAGCUAAUUGCUAUGAAUUGAUCACCUAUUUUCUCCUUUUUUUCUAUUUGAUUUGUUUUCUAUUAUAAGAUCUUUAACAAAAUCUCUAGGUGCUGUGCUCAUGGACUUCUUGACCACUUAUUACUGAAAGGAUCAGUCUCAGAGAAAGAGGUACAAGCUACUCUAUAUCUAUAUAGGAUAAUUUUUCUCUAACUUUAUAUGCCUAAUGUGUGGCAAUAUUCAAUAUUUUGUUUCAGGUUCAGUCGUACAUCCAGCAAAUCCUGGAGGGAGUUGGUCACAUUCACAGCAUGAACAUUUUACACUUGGACAUUAAAGUGAGCGUCUUUGUGCAUUUAACCUUAGAUUAUCAAUCCUUACUUCAUUCCUGCUGCAGUUCUGAAUAUCUUUCAUUUUUUACCCACUUUAGCCAGAUAAUAUCCUUAUGGUGUACCCGCCAAGAGAUGAAAUCAAAAUCUGCGACUUUGGCUUCUCCCAAGAAAUAGACACAUCCAGACACCAGUACAGCAUGAUUGGUACACCAGAGUUUGUUGCCCCUGAGAUUGUUCACCAAGAACCAGUUACUGUAACCACUGACAUUUGGUGAGUAAAACUACUAAUACAGAAAAUUGACAAUUUACUUUAUUUAAAGUGAUUAACAGUAAAAAAUUAUCCCUCUAUUCUCUAUUUCAGGUCUGUAGGUGUUAUAGCCUAUAUAUGGUAUGUAUCAGUGCUAUUUUGAUCAAAUACUCAAUAUCUAUACAUAUUUAUGCUGUUAUAAGAGAUUUGAUGACAAUUUAGGUAAAGUUUUGUGUUUGCUUUGACAGCCUGGUGGGUCGAUGCCCUUUUGUGGGUGAGACUGACCGUGCCGUACUUCUGAGGGUGGGAGAGGGGACCCUAAACUGGGACACUCCUGAUCUCACCAGUAGGAGCAUGGAGGCCCAGAACUUUCUCUACAUGCUCCUUCAGCCAGAUCCAGAGUAAAGAACCUGCUCCAUCACUGCAUGCACUGCCAAAGCCAUACGGUCACUCACAAAACUACAAUUUUAUCAGGGAAAAAAUGAACAUGUUUAAGUUUUGUGUGCAUUUUUUGUCACCCCUUUAACAUUAAACCCUUAUCGGAUUUUACAUUUCCACUGAUAUUUUUUUGAGUACUUCAGCAGGAAGGAUCACAGCAUCAGUGGGAUGAAACUUGGAUGAAUUGAUUGUAUUGUAAUAAUUACUGUUAAUUUUAAGUCGAGCCUCAAAUGUCUGACCAUCACAAAUUUCCCUCUUUUAGUAAGCGACCGUCUGCUUUUGAGUGCUUGAGCCAUGAAUGGUUCCAGGUGAGAUGAAAAACCUCUACAGUCAUUUAUAAGCAUACUACUGCUCUGUGAAUUUGAAAAGCACUGACAUCUUAAAUAUAUGUUUUCAGGAUGAACAUGCAGGUGAGGAUACAGAUGAAAUUAACACAAAGACAAUGAAGGCCUUCAUGUCAAAGAGGAAGUGGCAGGUGAGUCUCCCAUUUCAUGCUGUAUCAGUUAUUUAAACCACAAACUAACAGGAAAAGAAAGAACUGAUUGGUAAAUUUAAAGUAAGAUUUUUGGUAAGAGAGGAUGUAUAGUGAGCUGGUGAUUAUGCAAAUUUGAAUCUUGACAAAGCGAGCGGGACACCAAUGCAAACUGGUGGGAUCCUUAUUCUGUUGGGAUUCUAGUUUUUAUCUAGAGUGGAAAGCAAACAAAAUUAAACCUCUUGAACUUUUGAAGUCAUGUGAGGGAUAAAAAUUUCUACAAAAAAACAAAAAAUUAAACAAAGAUUGGUUUAUUGUUAAAAAGAGUGUUUGAAACAAAUAUUUGGACUUAAGUAAUUGAAUUGAGAUGUUGAGGUGUAUUCUCUUUGGUAAAACGAGUCAUAAUAUAAUCACAUCACGUUACGUGGAUGACAGGUUGAUAUUAGAACUUCUUGUUAGUGCCCAUAUGCUGCUGUGUAUUGAAUAAUAUUUAAACUUCCAGCCUAACUGAUGUCCAGCCCUCCUUAUAUCUGCCUCCAUCUAAUAGAACAAGUAAACUAAUGGAUAUUCACAGAUAUUCAAAUGUGACUUUUUAUUUUGUGGAGUAAAAUAACAAGUAUGUUUACACCAUGAAUGUCAUCACGAUUCAAAUUUUAUGACUUAACUAGUUCUCAAGUGAAUAUUUCUAACUUUACUGGUUAAUUAGUAAUACAACAAUGGUCUCCGACUAGUGAUUUAGUUGCAAUCUUUUUGGCCAAUAUGUUAACUAGUAAGCAACAUGUUUAUAAUCAUGUGGGCAUCAUUACAUCAAAAUCCUGUUUCCUGAUUUGACGUCAUUUUUCAUUUUGAACCCAAGAGCCAAUAGAAAACCUUUGUGAACAACUAGAAUCACUGGUGAAGAUUUUUGCCUUCACUAGUUAACAUGACAAAGCUUCAGCUGUCUGAUGCUUUAGAUGUAAGAAAUUAAACGUCUAACUAGUGAACCGGUGCUGUCAAAAGUAUAAGUAGUUCAGGACAGUAACACUUGGUAUCAAUGAUUUAAAUAAAUGCACAGAAUGCUUUCCAUAUCUUUGCUGGUGAGAGUCAGUCCCUGUUGUGACCAAUCAGAAUCGAGUAUUUUAGUAAUUGUAAAUUUUCCUCAAAAGACCACAACUUAUCCAAACACGUCCUCACCAGUGUUUUUCUUAAUGUCCUUUCCAGCGUUCUUUGACUUGCAUCGGGUCGGUACUCACAUUGAGGCCCAUCCCUGAGCUGCUCGAUGCCCCUCUGAGAGACACUGCUGUCACCGUACCUCGAGAGCAUCAAGAGCACAGCAGCACUUCUCUGAGCAGUGGCUCCUCCUCAGAGUAUGAUGAAGCCGACUCCUGGGACUUUUUCCAGCACUAUAGCCAGACCGAAGAAGAGGAGGAAGAAACAGAGGAGGAUUAUGAUCCUUUAACAGAGAGAGCACGGAUCCCUGAGCCUUUUACUAGACUCCAUCUUGAUGCAGAGGAGGAAGAAGAGGUGACUCUAGGAGAGGAGGAGGAUGGAGACAUGGUAGGAAGGAGGAGUGUAAUAGAGCGAAGUAUUAGCAGACAGUCGGUGGCGUCAUCUGAUGUCUCGUUCCCACAUACACCUCAGCGGGAGCGCAGGUUCAGUAAAGACAGCAGUCCAUCCCUCUAUUUGUCUGAUGGCGAUGAGGGUUCAGGGAGUGAUGGAGGUCGUAUCCCUCGUGGGAGCGUCAUCAGAAGCACUUUCUACAACACUUCUCAACAGCUUUCACCCAUGUCAGCCAGACAUAUGACCUUGAGGGACAAAUUCCAGGCCAAAAAGCAGGAAAGAGGCCGCAAACCUCUCCGCAGGAGCUUUUCAGGACGUCUAAAUGAGCCUCUUAUUGAGUAUGUAGAGGAUGACACAGAGACAAAUCGUGGUCAGAGGCGGGCUUCUGUUCAACCGACAAUGCAGAAGUCCUGCUCCUUUGACAGCGGUGUCGGCCUUGCCCAUACCAACAUCCCCCCUCACAGGAGGAGCAGGUCUCUCGAUGAGUCUUCUCGACGAUCACCGAGUUCACCCGCAGGCACAAAGUCUGCUGAGGAGGAAGGCUCUCAGAGUCUGAAGGAAGAUUUCACAGAUGACGAAGUGGCUGGAAGAAAGUUGUUGGCCAUCCCAAGCCAACAGCCACACAGACCCCCAAGGAGGAGAGGCUCUGUUACUCCAAAGCAAGGGACUCAUGUGUUAGGUGGAUCAUCGGUUCCCUCAAGCUUCCUCGCUGGAGACAGAAGGAGCCCCAGGCUGGAUCAGGACCGAGCAGAGGGUGACACCUUUACUGGCUCCCAGGGGUCUUUAGCUGAGUCGUCUAUCUUGGAGCAGGGCGGCUCUGAGUCCUCAAGUCGAGUUGGCUCCUAUGAGGAGCUGAGUCAUGGUCAUCUCAGGGGAAGGUACCGGUCAGGAGAGAGUGAUGGAAAUGAUGAUCAGGGGGAGCCUCUGAUUUCUUCAUCCCCAUGCUCAUUUCAAGAAAUUAAACACAGAGCCUUGUUACCCCAGGCACCGCCUCGUAACCGCACCCGCUCCAACCCAAACUUAUCAUCCAGCAGCAGAGCCCAGUCGGGGACCUUGCUAACCACAACCCCAAGUCCAAGUCCAAGUCUUUCCUCCCUCCAGUCUCCAGAGAGGCCUCCCAGAUCCAGGGACAAGAAGGAAGUCCAUGGCCUCCAGAGACAUGCAUCUGCUCCGGCUUUGGAAGUCCGGCCACCUACUGGAAGGUCACCCAAGCUAGGUCUGCUAAAGAUCUUCCGCAGACAGUCGUGGACCGGCCAUUCAUACUCUCAGCUGGACGAUGCAGAGUUAGGACCCACACUUGGAGAGAUCAUGAAGCCUGAUACACCGACCAUGUCUCUGAGGAAGAAAAUGAGAGCUUCAGCUUCCAGUCUGACGAAGCUGUUUACAAAAUCCUCUAGUAAGGAGGAUGUGAGUAAAGGAGGUGAGGGAAUGAAACAUGUCCUUUGCAUUUUAUCAUUGACAGAAAAUAAACAAAGCUAUAGGAAUAUUGAUAUGGAAAACUCAUAUUGUGAUGUAUUAAAUAUGAUCUAUUUAUUAUUAUUUUUUUUUGUAGGGCCUAUAGUAAAAGGAUCAGCACCCGUUCCACCUGAACGACACAGAGGCAGUGGUCUUGAGAGUCCAAAAAAGAGGACAUCCAAACGUUUGCCCUCCUUUAAAGUACCUGCAUUCUUAAAGACAAAAGGUAACUGCUGAGCCAAAACGCUUGUUGUAAUUUUAACAAUCUUCCUGUCAUUAUUUUUGCUCCAAACCUUAUUUUGGGAGUUAUGUGAACUUAUUAAUUCCAGAUCUACCAGCCCGUCCCAACAAGGCUGAAGUGUUCCAGUUAGAUGGAGGUGGAGUCCUGCUGGUUUGGAGACCAGUGCUGUCUAGUGACCCUGUCACCUACUGUGUCCAGUACAGUACAGAUGGUAAAUUCACAAAGAAUACACAGCAGAACAGAUGUUAAAAAGUGAUUUGUAUGAAUAGGAAUGAAUUGAAUCAAAAAAAGAAGUAUAACUCCUUAAAAGUUUGAAAUGUUUCAAGUGUUUUUUUUUUAAAUACAACAGAAGAAUAUACUGUAGCUCCUCAGUAUCAAGAGCUGACAGCCAGUUUAAGUCCAACUGAAGGGCCUCCAAGUUUGAUAUUUAAGAUUAGAGUCUGAAUACCUAUUCUUUACAGGCCAUUGCCCUCUUAAAACGUGUUAUUUCUUUAAAUAUAUAUAUUUCUUUGUCGUCAGGCGGGGAAUGGACAGUCCUGUCAGAGGAGGUGACCGACAGCUGCUACAUGGUGAAGGAUUUACCCAGAGGAACUUCUUAUGUGUUCAGGGUGGGCUGCAUCACGAAGACUGGUGCAGGACCCUUCAGUGAUGCCUCAGCACCUGUUGUCAUGGCUACACAUCCUGAGGGUAAGAAAAAUAGUUGAUGUUACAGCUACACAUAAUAACUUUUCUUGAUGUUUCAGAUUUUCUGGUUUUAGAUGAGAAAAGAAUUUUUAUGUUUGGAAAACUAUUUAUCUCCCUUUUGGAUGUUUAGCAUGAACAGUCUUACUGCAAGAGUUUUAUACUUUGUUUACUUUGUUGUCCAGAAGUUCACAUUCCUCUCAUUCAGACUGAGUCUCUGGGGUCAAAGGUCACAGGGUCAGAACAGCGAACAACACACAAGAACUAUAAUUUCCUGUCUGAGAUCAACCGGUGAGACCUUACAUCAUCUCUUACAAUCAAGAUGAAACAUAAAUAAUAUAAAUAUCUGAGCUUAUACUCAGUAUUGAUCAAUGUUUGCGUCUCUUUGCAUUCAUUUUGAAACACAGUUAAAACCUUUGAGGUUUAUGGCACUAAAAAGAUCUUCCUCAGUAUUUCCUCAUUAUCAUGUUUGUCUUUCAUUCUCCUAGAGGUCGUUUCAGCGUUGUAACCCUGUGCAGGGAUGCUGAGACCAGUCAAGUGUUUGCUGCAAAAAUCACCCCUUACAAGGCAGAGCAGAGACAGUUGGUGCUGAGGGAAUACCAGCUGCUGAAGAGGCUUCAUCACCCUCAUCUAGUGCAGCUGCACACGGCCUACAUCACCCAGCGCUACCUGGUGUUAGUAGAGGAGCUGUGUCCGGGCAAGGAGCUGCUCUACAGCCUAUCAGCAAGGUGCAGGACUAACUUGAAAAACAUUUAUCAGGCUGGUUUAAAUAUUCAUUCUCUUCUUAUCCCCAAAUAAACAUCACCUGUUCUUUUUAACUGGCACCAGAUGCCGCUAUAAGUGGGUAGGUGGUUGCAUCUGUCUCUCAUCUUGUCAUGAAUUAUUGUCUUAAUUAAGAGGAUGUCUUCCUGACAUCUUUAAAAGAGUCUGAAGCCCCUGCUCUGGAAAUAUGUACAGUCAGUAUUCUGUCACAGGACUUUGGCCACUACAUUGAAAAUCCUCAAUUUAAUAACUGGAUUGCAGACAACAGGGACCAGCCAAAUAAAUUUUCUGUUACAAUUGAAUGUAACGCACACUUUCUAUUGUAUCUGUGUUUCUCUAUCCCAGAGUAAAGUAAGUGUUUACAAACAAAUGGCUAAUAUAUUGAAGCCUGUCUUUCUGUUUUUCUGCUCUCACAGAGAUCUGUAUUCAGAGACUCAAGUAGCAGAGCUGCUGGUUCAGAUCCUGAGUGCAGUCGACUACCUUCACAGCCGUCGAGUCAUCCACCUGGACCUGAAGUCUGACAACAUGAUGGUGGAUGAUGGUAACCACUUGAAGAUAGUUGACUUUGGCUCAGCUCAGUCCUUCACACCCGGUCAGCCUCUUCAAAUCGAACACAUUCACGGUCUGUCGGACAACAAAGGUACUGAUGUAUUUUUUUUUUUAUCUAAAAGACAAACUAAGAGCUUUCAAUGCCUGCAUUGUAGUAGAUUCUUCUAAUGCACUAAACCUUUGACUGUCGUGACCUUCAACAGACUGCCGCAGCAAAGGUACACACUCUUUAACGGAGGACGGAUUGAUGGAUGGAAAUAAUACAGCCUAACUUCAUCUACAUCAGCAGCUACCAUAGCUUAACAAACACAAGUCCAUUUUUCUUUGACAUUUUAUUUCAUCUGUCAAUAUCACGUUUGUGUAAUUUUUCCUAAUUCGAUCCAAUAAGCAUGAAAGUGAAUGUGGUUUGCCAGUAACAGCACAGCACUUUAUGAAUGGUGUCCUAUGUCUGUCUGUUUUGUCAGUUUAUAUUGUCCUUCCUAAAGCUCCGGAAAUCCUGGAAGGUCAGGGUGUCGGGCCUGAGACUGACAUUUGGGCCAUAGGAGUCCUGUCGUUCAUCAUGUAAGUGAAAAGGAAAAAGUUCUGUUUUAUUCAGAUACCCUUGAAAUGAAAAUGAUAUAUCUGUAAAUACUUUGACUUGUUGUUUUUGCAAGAUAAAAACAAAGUCUGACAUUAUCUUAGCUUACUAUAUUAGCUUAUUUAAGCAGACAGAUGAACGCAAUAAAAGUUUUUUAAGUAAACCAAAUCUACUGCCUUAAUCUCCUGUGAUUCUGGGAUGCAUCAUUAUGAACUAAUCUAGCGAUAUGCUGGACAUUUAUUUCAUUUUGUCAAAUAAAUGAUGUUUUUCCUUUCAUCUCUAGGUUGAGUGCAGACAGCCCGUUUCAUGCAGAGCACAGCUGGGAUCAAGACAAAAACAUCAAGAAAGGGAAGAUCCAGUUUGGACGCUGUUAUCCUGGUCUGUCUGAGGGAGCCUUAAACUUCAUGAAGAGCAGCAUGAAUAAUAAAUCCUGGUGAGGUUUACAUGUUUUCUACACUGAUGCUUAAGAAGAAACAAGCUGUGUUUAAUCCCAGAUUACUUGUGUGACGAGUAGAAUCUGUGAAUUAAGAAUAUAAAUGUGUUUUCCAAUGUGAACUCAGGGGGAGACCCACUGCAGCUGAAUGUCUUCAGAACCCCUGGCUGCGUGCACAUCGUACCCCACACAAAGCCCGACCCUCCAAAGUGUGUUUCUCCACAGACAAGCUUAAAGAUUACCUCAAGCAGAAGGAGGAGAAACGAGACCAGGUUCACACCAAGCUUCAGGGUCCUUUCUUCCAGUAA